CGUUCAGUCUGUCGUACAUAGAACCCACAGACCCCCGACAUGUUGCCCAUCUAUCUAUUAAUUCAACCUGGAGUAGGAAGUUCAGGACUCAGGAAUGUACCAAUCAGAGCUGAGUCUGGAGCAGGAGUGUGUUUUUAUGUGCAGUCUUCUGUCUCUCCAUUAGUGGUCACCAUCGAUCAUACAUCAGUUAACCAAACCAUCCUAAACAAUAACAUGUUAGGAUGACUUUCACUACAUGACUUUGUUAGAGUUCUCUCUGUGUACAUUCUCCAUCAUCUGCUCCACAGCGUUUGUCCUGAUAAUUCUGCUUCACACAAAAGCUUCUUGCUUUUUUCAAUAGCAGCAGCAAAUUAUUCUGGGAUGUUUUUGCUGUUUUAAUCAUCCAUCCUUUAUCUAUCCAUUACAAAGUCGUUACAAUAAAGAAUGUAAUAGUAGAACUACUACAGAUGGGUGAGGAAAUGUUUAAAACUUCUGUGGUUCCAGAUUUUUUUAAAUUCCUUCUUUAUCACUGGCCACUAAAGAAAUCCUCGUGUCAUUGUGUAUUUUUGUGUUGCUGUUCCUACACAGCCAGUGAAAAGCACUGAGUUUGUUGUUGUUAACUGAUAGACCGGCCUCAGUCCUGGUUCUUGUUGGUCCACAUUGUCACUGAGGCACCAGCUAACUGCAUUUCCUCCUCUGACAGGCAGGGGGCAUAUGGCCGAACAUCUCAUGAUCCCGAUGAACCACGGCUCAGCGGGGCCCGGCCUCCACGGGUACAGGAUGGGCAUGAACGGUGGUCUGCAGGCGGGUCACCAGCAGCAUGCCAACCAGCAGGGCAUGAGGGCGAUGCCCAGUGGUCAGAUGAUGCAUUACAGCGGAGCCCAAGCCAACAUGGAGCCCACACUGAGGCAGCGGCAGGGCAUGGUGGGCCCGCCCAUGAAUGGACAGCUGAACGGGGCACAGAUGGGUCACCACCAGAUGACCUCUGGCAACAUGAUGUUCAACGGCCAACUCCAGCAGCAGCACCAUCCUCAGCAGCCGCAGCAGCAUCAUCAUCCGCAGCAGCAACACCACCCGCAGCAACAGCAGCAGCAUCACCCGCAGCAGCAGCAUCACAUGCAUGCACAACAGCACCAGCAGCAGGCCCAGCACUCCCAGCAGCAGCAGCAGCAGCAGCAGCAGCAGUUCAUGAACGGAGGCCUUACGUCCCAGCAACUCAUGGCCAGCAUGCAGCUGCAAAAACUCAACACGCAGUACCACGGACAUCCACUGGGGCCUAUUGCUGGAAACCACUUGGGUUCUGCAAACCAGUACCGUAUGAACCCUGCUCAGCUGGCAAACAUGCAGCACAUGGCCGGACCGGCACUGGCCUUAAAUGGCAUGGACGCCGACAUGAUCGACGAGGAGGUCCUGACCUCCCUGGUCAUGGAGCUGGGCUUGGACCGAGUCCAAGAGCUGCCAGAACUUUUCCUGGGCCAGAAUGAGUUUGACUUCAUUUCAGACUUUGUCAGCAAACAGCAGCCCAGCACCGUCAGUUGUUGAGAGGACCUCACGUCGGUGACGUGGUCGGAUAAAGGUGCUCAGUACGUUUGGUGGAACCUUCUCUGUACCAGUGAAACUACAAGGUCCAGCACAGGGAGCUCAACGGAGAACACUGGCUCUCCUUUUAUCCACUGAUUUUUUUUUUUUCCCCAGGAAAUGAAUGUAGUAAAUGAUGAUUUAAAAGCCACUCUGAACAAUGCUAUGACACUGUGUAGCUCCUACACCUGGACAGUUCACUGGUAAAAAAAAAAAAAAAGCUGUUUCUAUUUAUUCCUCUGUAAAAAGAAAGUAACUGUACAGAAACCACGCCCCCUCCAGGAAGUGGCUUCGCCGAGGACAGCGGCUCCGGCGCCGCGUCGUUCCUCUCGGAGCCUGGUUGACAUGGGGUGUCACAUGAGAAGCGUCCAUCACGGUGUAAUCUGAUUGUUUCGUUGGGGUUUUUUUUAAACAGAAUGAUUGACUUUUGAGUAAAGCGCUGCCUUUUAGUCGUCGUCCUCUCAGAAGAACCUCCUGUUGUUCUGUACCACGCUGUAAACCAUGUCCACACUGUCUGUGUUCUACUGGAGAACGUAGAACCGCCUUAAUCACGCAGAUUCUAAUUUAUUGGUUGUUUAUGUUGUCCCCUUCUCUGUGGUCAAGGUGGGUGGGGUUCCUGUUGGGUGAGGGGAGGGGUGAUGAAUAAAGAUGGCCUGGUUAGAAUUGUGA